AUGCUGUCUCGGACUUCCCUGAAGCAAGCGAAGAAGAAGAAGCCUCCACGGCCUCCUCCAAAUCCGAAUGAUUAUCUCCUCAAAUUCAAACCCAUCACGCCCACUCCUCCCAAGACCUGGCCUGACAACCUCAUUUUAACCCUGGCCACCGGGGAAGCCUCCAAGAACCUGACAGUGCUGCUCCGGUCGUUUCAGCGGUUUGUGGAGCAUGGAGGGCGAGCGUGGUUGAUUCUGUUCUUUGAUCGCGUGCCUCUGUGGUGGUGGCCAAUGACUGCUGAGCAGAGAAAAGGGAUCUAUAUGCAACAGUAUGAAGCUCCCCGAGCAGGAGGCGAAGGACGUGUUUUUGAGGUUUAUUACAGAAGCUUCUCAAUACCCUCGGCAUGGGACUAA